AUGGCUAAAUAUAUCUCAGCUUGUUCAUAUUUUAUAAAUGAUCAAUCAGAAUCAGAAAAUUGGAUGUACAAUGAUGAUGAUGAUGAUAAAAUGAUUAAUUUUAAUAAAAUAAUGGAUGAAGUUCAAGAAUGGAGUGAUAGAAAUAAUAAAUAUGAAAUUCGUUAUACAUUAACACAUAAUCUUCUUUUAAUGGGAAAAACUCGAACAGGAAAAACAACCAUUGCUAAAGUUAUUGAAAAUCCUUGUUAUAUUCCACCAGAUGCAAAACUUUAUUCUGAAACCAAACAAGUAACUAUUCAUCCAGUUGCAACAACAUUAAAUAAUAAUAAUAAUAUAAUUUAUUGUUUUAAUAUAAUUGAUACUCCUGGAUUAUUCGAUAAAGUUAAAUAUGAAAAUAGAUCAUUAACAAAUAAUAAAAUAAA